GGCAAAUGCAAACAUAACCAAACAAUUUGACAUUUCACCUACAUUUCAUUAAGUGUCAGAUUGCAUGCCAAAAUCAUUGUUUACAUGUUGUGAAUGUGCAGCAAUGCGGCUUUUUAGUAAGAUAAAUCGAUGUAUUAAAAUAACUAAUUUUUACCGAGAGUUUGUGAAUGAUGUAAAGUCAUCUAGAAACCCACCGAAAGCAAUUGCAUUGAAUAUUAUUGGUUUGGGAGCUCCUGGAGAAUCGGCAUCCGUUUCGCUAUCUGUUUCCAAUCAGGAUAAAUACCUUUUCAAUUGUGGUGAAGACUGUCAGAGACUGUUCGCUGAUCAAGAGCGGAAAAUUUCUCGAAUAAAGCAUAUUUUUGUUACACAAACCAAAUGGAAUUGUAUCGGAGGCGUUUCAUGCAUAAAUCGGGUGAUACACAGUUCACAAGGAUGGCUGCCAAUGUUUCACGGUCCAAAGCAACUGUACAAGAGUUUGAAAAGAGUUCUUUGCCUGUCAAUUAUGAGUGAAUUGGAUUUCAAGCCGAUUGACUGCAAUUUAAGGGAUUUUUUCGAAGAUGACACAUUACGCGUUGAAUUCAUAUCGACAGAAGUUUGUGCGGCAUUGAAGCAGAAACUCCGACUCAGAGACACUAACGAAGUACUGACAUUUGUGGGUGAGGUAAAGGCAGAUUCGGAAGGUGAAUUUGAACCUAGCGCACGAUUUAUGAUUCUUGAUUUGCCUACCAUGGAACAUCUGAAGACUUUUCUUGAGAAACAGCACCAACGAUACCUUGAAAAGCCUUUCAAUAUCGUUGUACAUUUUUCCCCUGAACAUGUGGUCAACAUGCGAGAAUAUAAAAGUCUAGCGUCUAGGCUCAUUGCAAAGAAACACGUUUAUUUAAACGAGAGCAAUGAAUGUUCUCGUCUGAGAUCGGUGUACGAAUUGCAAAUGAAGUUGAAUCAAAUUGAUGAAAAAGUUCACCCACCGUUGAAGAUGCCUUUGGAUGCUUCACGAACAUUGUGUGAUUUGAGUCGAUUGCAAAAUAAAGAUGAAAGUGAUACAAAGUUUUGUUCAGUGUAUAAUCUAAAGGGAUCAAUGAAAAGGACUGCUACUAAAAAUGAUGAAGAUAUGAGCUGCAUCAACUUUCAGCAGAGUCUUGAUAUCGCACACAUGAAGAUGUUCCCAAAGGUCGUGUUUUUUGGCACGGUUUCAGCUAAGGCAUCAUCAACACGGAACAAUACAUCGAUUCUUCUUCACACAACACGCAACGAAUCGAUGUUGAUUGAUUGUGGUGAGGGAACAUGCAGUCAGAUUCAUCGUCUCUAUGGAAAAAGCGCUCCUCAAAUCAUCAAGAAAAUCAAAGCCGUAUUUAUAUCACAUUUACACUACGAUCACCAUGGCGGUUUGGUCGAACUAAUGCGAAUGCGUAGCAAAUAUAUGCCUUCGGAUCGUUCUCCAUUACUGGUACUCUCUUCAAAAGCAGAUAUAAAGUCAUGGCUCUUCUUUUAUGACAACAACAUUGAGGCGAUACAUGAUGAUCUUUAUCUCAUUGACAAUGGGAAUUUGACAACGGACGGAUUAUCGGCUACGAUGUGCCAAAAACUAGGCAUUAAAAUGCUUCGAACAUGUCGAGUACCGCAUUUUAACCUAUCACAUGCUCUUACUUUAAGCAUUGGCCAACGAGACCCAUUUAGAUUAACAUUUAGCAGCGAUACACCACCUUGUGAUGACUUAAUCAAUCUUGGACGGAAUUCAACGUUGCUAAUUCAUGAGGCCACAUAUCCCGAUGAGUUUAGUCAUAAAGCCGAACAAAAUAGACACAGCACCUUGUCACAAGCCAUCGAACAGAGUAGAAAAAUGAAUGCAAAAUAUACAAUCCUCACACAUUUUAGCCGACGCCAUAAUUUUCCAAUUGUUGACAGUGUAAAACACAGAAAUAUUGGCAUUGCGUUCGAUUUUAUGGAAAUAACCCAAAAUGAUUUACCCAAAUUGGGCCUUUUGAAUAAGAAAUAUCAACAAUUGUUUAGUUAGAACAAUUUAAAAGCAUAAAAAAAUAAAAACGACCCGUAUAAUUUGAAAAAAUAAACCAUUUUAAAGGAUAAAA